CAGGUGUUGAGCUGCGGCGGUGUCUCAGAUCCUGACCGCCGGGGCGGAGAGCCGCUGCAGGUCGCUCUUCAUCCAGCGCGGCGUGACUAAGGCUCCAGGCUUUGGCGCGGGGCUCCUCUCGUCCUGUUAGAGUUAAGCCCACCGGACAAGUCCUGUAACCCAUUCAGGGCUUCUGCUGGUUCCAGUAGUCAGUGGUGGUCUCACAGUGUAGAGGGUCCUGAGACUGAUCAGCGGUUCUGGUGCCAGGCGCGUUUCAUGGUUCCCAGUUAACAUCUAAAGGUGUUUCUACAGGGAACUAGUGUGAACUGAUAACCAGGAGGCCUAACGGUCUUCAUGGGAUCUACAGAGGCUGUACGGUCCAGAUCUCCACCGUCACUGCAGCGAGGGCAGUUCAGCCGGCCGGCUUCGUCCUGUUAGCGGUUUCUGAUCUGAUCUGUCUGUAGUAGAUGGUCCCGAGAUCUUCUCACUCGAAACGCAACAGGGAGCCCGAGAGUGCGGAGAUGAACAAGCUGCGUCAGAGUCUGCGCAGGAAGAAGCCCACCUAUGUGCCCGAGGCCAGCAGGCCACAUCAGUGGCAGGCUGACGAGGAGGCCGUGCGCAAGGGCAAAUGCAACUUCGCCGUGCGGUAUCUGGGCUUGGUGGAGGUGGAGGAGUCCAGAGGGAUGCAUGUGUGUGAGGAGGCGGUGAAGAAACUGAAAGUGAGUGGAAAGAAGACGGUCAAAGCUGUGCUGUGGGUCUCCGCUGAUGGCCUGAGAGUGGUGGACGAUAAAACCAAGGACCUCAUUGUAGAUCAGACCAUCGAGAAGGUGUCCUUCUGCGCACCUGACCGUAACUAUGACAAGGCUUUCUCAUAUAUCUGCCGGGAUGGCACCACCCGCCGCUGGAUCUGCCACUGCUUCAUGGCUAUCAAGGACUCGGGUGAGCGUCUGAGUCAUGCAGUGGGAUGUGCGUUUGCUGCCUGCUUAGAGCGGAAGCAGCGUCGGGAGAAGGAAUGUGGGGUCACGGCCUCCUUUGACGCCAGCCGCACGUCUUUCGUCCGCGAAGGCUCCUUCCGUGUCUCAUCGGCCGUGCAGCAGGGAGACAGGGAGGAUCUCAUGAAGCAGCUCCAGGAAAAAAAGAAAGAACAGUGUGGCAUCCCUGCAGUGCCACCAGGCAAUGCUUCACCACCAGAGGGCGCAGCCACUCAAGUGGAGCGGGCAGAGUCAGGUGGGCCUCAUGUCAUCCCACGCCGCCAUGCCCCUCUUGAGCAGCUGGUGCGGCAGGGGUCCUUCCGUGGCUUCCCCACCCUCAGCCAGAAGAACUCACCAUUCAAAAGGCAGCUUUCGCUGCGCCUCAACGACCUGCCCUCCACCCUGCAGCGCAAAACCGACUUCCAGACCAAGAACCCAGUCCCUGAGAUGGACCUGUCUGUGGCAGGGGAGGCGGAUAGCAUCAACGCACUGUGCAGCCAAAUUAACAGCUCAUUCACCAAACCCUCGGAGGACCUCUGUGCCAAAGCCACCAGCAACGGCUUACCAGCAUGCACUGUCCCUCCUGCAAUUCCCCCUCCACCUGCCCCUCUGCAAGCUGCCACCUCCUGGGUCCAGACGGAGCCUGCUGUCCACUCCCCACCUCCAGUUACACAAAGUGGUCACAAGCGGACGCCAUCAGAGGCUGAGCGCUGGCUGGAGGAGGUGGCCAAGGCCGUGAAGGCUCAGCAGCAGUCUCCCCCAACCCUACCACCACCACCCACCCAGCAGCCUCCACCUGUGCCCACCAUCCCCAUGGCUCCUCCCGGCUCUUUGCCCACCUCCAUGCAGCCCUUCCCCAUGGCUUUUGAUACCACUCCUGCACCUGUGGGCAUGUAUGGACAGCCGCCACUGCAGCCAGCCUACGUGCCCAUGCAGGCCUACAUGCCUUCUGUGGCCAACAGCAUGACCUACCCUAAUGCCAGCGUGCCAGUGGUGGGCAUCACACCCUCGCAGAUGGUGGCUAAUGUCUUUUGCAGUGCCACUGGCUCGACCGGAGGGGGGCCCAUGGGACCCAAGACUGGCACGCUCGGUGGAGGAAACUCGGCUUUCCCCAACCUGCCCGGGGGCUUUCCUGGCACCAAUUAUGCCAACUCUCCAGCUGUCAAUGGGCUCCCUCACAACACGCUCCCCUCCGCCACCACCACCUCUACAUCUACUACCAAUGUUACACCAAAUGGCACCAGUACUACUGGGAGUGGCAGCAUCAACAGCUGGCCAGUGGAGAGCCUGCAGCAGGCCAGUCUCCCAGCUGAUGCCCAGGAAGCAGAGCGUUUUGAGGCAAAGUGGGCAGCACUCGAGUCCAAAUCGCAGCCCAAAGCAUCCAACCCUUUCUCCAAUGACUUACAAAAGACUUUCGAGAUAGAGCUAUAAUCACGUCUGUAUGGGCCAGGCUUCAUAGACUCUUGAUACAAGACUGAAACUACUCCACAUCCUGUUGCUUUUGCUUUUCUCCUGCUUUUUUCUCAUAGGGAAUCUCUACUGUAGACACCUGCUCUUCGAGGUCAUUACUUUUACAUAGGGGAUUGUCCGGUUUGUGUUUCGUGUCAUUCGGACCACUAACUUCAGACUCUUAGAUCCAGGAAAACAGGAGUGUCUCUGAACACAAACAAUUACGGUCACAUCAUUUCAGGCACUUAGAGGACAGGGAUGGCUUCUGAGUUUGAGUCAACAGUAACAGCGCUGGUUUACCAAGAGAAUCACGUGACCUUCAGUCAAAGCCUUCGACAGCCUUUGCAAAUGAUUAUUGAUUGAUAAUUGGACUGCCAAAAUAUCUAUUUAUUAUUCAUGUAACUGUAACAGGAUUUUUUAUAUGAUUUGUAAUUUUAAGUGAAAUGACUCUAAGUUGGUUUCCAUGUAUUUUUUAAAUGAAAUAAUUGGCACAAAACUGCUUAUAAUUUGGCUACAGGGAGAAGAUAUGAUUCACCAGAUGAGAGGCUGCAUGAUCAGAGCCGAUGGAGCUGUGAGUAAAUGCUGUGUGAGAGUGUAAAUAGCAUGUUUAUUUUUCUCCCCUUAUUUGUCGCCCUCUUUGUGGCUGCUAAUAAAUAUUCAACCCCUGUGAGUUACCGCAGAAGCAUCAUAUCGCCAGCCUGCCAACAACCCUUGGACACCAAAGUGACCAGCAGCCUGAACAGUGCAACUCUCAUUGCACUGAUGAGAUCAUUAGUACAAGCUGCGACUACAUGCAGACUGCGGUAUAGACUGGAGGUGAAAUUGAGGUCAGAGCUCAGGAGAAUCUAGGCGAUAUAUACACUGCCAGUCAAAAGUUUGGGGACACCCGCCUUUAAGGAUCUUUGCAAUAAGCUUGAGCAUGUGGGUUUUUGGUUUAUAAUGGCAUAACACUGUUUAGAUCUUGCCAUCGGAUGAAUGGACAACGGACAAAAUUACUACUUUAGGAACAAUGACAUACCCAAUGCCUGUCGCUAAAAUAUCUUUGGGGCGAAAGUCGUUAUAUGCUAAGAAAACCUACUCUUCAUGCUAAGGAAGACACUUGCUAAAUGAUAUAAAAUAUAUAAUCAUUAGUAUAAAGCUGCUAAUGCUGCAGAUUUGCAUUAUUUAAGUAUGUUAUUGUUACUUAAUUGUAAAAGUCACAAUGAAAAUCAAACAUUACCACAAUUUCAAAAGCAGACAAGGUGUCCUCAUACUUUGGACAGGCAUUGUGGGUGCUCUUGAUGAGUGAUUGUAAAACGAACAACACGAAGCAGCUGUGUUAGGUCUUCUUCUGGAGUCACUGAUGACGAGUACAGGUUACGAGAGCCAGUUGAGGGAACAAAAUUGGAUCCCCCAAAACAGCCAGCAGGCUUAACAUUGAGGUUCACUGAGGUUCAUUAGGGAUUUUACUUUGGCUGUGAACGGAUUCGGAGAGUUUCUUUGAAGUUGAAGGUGGUAGAUGAAGAGCGUAAUAGUAAAGUGGAUUGCAUUGAGAAGAAAGAGAAUAAUUUAAGAAGCCGGAAGGAAGAUGCAUGUGGGUGGUAUGAGGUGUUAAGUGAUGCUGAGGAGUACAUUUGUGAAGUUUUGUGAAUGUCAGGAAGUUAGAGCAAUGAGCUGUUUACAGAAACGGCUGAAAGUAAGGAUUUGGAUUUGGACCGGACGUCCUGCAAGGGGGUCAUUUGACACGAUGCACGCAUGCUGAAGAUCUCUCUUUAAUCAUGUUGUAAUAAGGAGAGAGACCGUUCCUGGGUUUCAUUUCUUUUGCGCUCAUUACUCGACUGUAAAAUAGAACAGAUAAUUGUCAUUUAUCAAAUCAAAUAUGUACGUGCUCUGAGAACCGAGUCUGUUCUUUUUUGUGAUGGAACUCACUUUUCCACAGUGACACCACCUUAGCCGUUUAUCCGUCCCCAUCGACAGGUCAGUGUCCCAAGCAUGACAAUGGCGGAGGCGUCUCUUUUGGGGAAACAUUCCGAUUUUGUCACACUUUUUUGCAACGUGGUGCGUUUUUAUACGGUUCUCACUCUGCAAUAAAGCUCCACUGUCUCUGUCUCUGUUCAGCUGGUCCGGUUCUCAGUCUAGGACCUUGAGGCAUUGGGUAAGGACAUGCUGAGCCUUUGGACACAAUCUGACCGCAUGGUCUGGAGUUUCUCAGCGAAAAGGAUAAAAGCUAGAUGGUCAAAGCCAGACUACACACUGUGUGCUAAAGGACACUCCAAUGAAUUAUAUAAACAGAACAGCUCCAGUGUAUUUGCAACCUGAUUCACUUUGACCACACAGCUGGCAUGUUACAGAUUUACAAAGCCGCCGUCCAUUUUGUUGACCACCAACUGCUAAAUACAGGGUUAACCGAGCCUGUGUAGGCGGCACUGUGGGUUUACUUAGGAAUUCCUCUUUCCAAAGAGAAUGCAUUUGUUAUCCGGCCUAGCCGUGGGCUGUGUGGUGGGAGGGGAUCGAUUUAUCUCCUGAAUGAGCUUAUCCACGAUCUGUGCUCAAAAUCUUCUGCAUAAAGGUGCAGUGGAUGAAACGGCUGAUUGCCCUGGGCUUUUACUCAAUGCUUCCCCAAAAAAAGAAAAGAGAAAAAAUUGUAGGGUUUUUUUUUCUGAAAAUGAGAAAACUAAAUUACCUCAUAAACUUGAUUGUAAACUGUAGGCUAGUGAUAACAAACCAGUGGAGUUUAUUUUUAAUCUUUAUUUACAGAAUUUUGUAUUUAAACCUACAUAUUUGUAUUGUAAUUACACUGU